GCCUCUUGUCUCCGCAGUGUGAAAUGGAGGAGUCCAGCUCUCAGAAGUUGGUGUGGGACGGGGACGCCAAAGCGGUCCAGCAGUGUCUGACCGACAUUUUUACCAGCGUCUUCACCACAUGUGACAUCCCAGAAAACGCCAUUUUCGGGCCUUGUGUGUUGAGUCACACGUCGUUGUAUGACAGCAUCGCCUUUAUAGCUCUGAAAUCCACCGACAAACGCACAGCACCUUAUAUCUUCAGGGUGGACACAUCGGCGGCCAACAGCACCUCGGAGGGCUUGAUGUGGCUUCGGCUGGUCCAGUCGGCCAGGGACAAAGAGGAGCAGAACCUGGAGGCCUACGUGAAGAACGGCCAGCUCCUGUACCGCUCGCUCCGCCGGAUUGAGAAGGACGAGGAGCUGCUGGUCUGGUACGGAAAAGACCUCAUCGACCUGCUGCUGCUCAGCCCCAGCAGUGUCCCUGCCAAGAGCAAAGGUUCCUCGCACUAUUCAUGCCCGGACUGCAGCCAGAGAUUCCAGUUUGAGUUCCCGUUCUUGGCCCAUCUCCGGUUCCGUUGCACCAAAAGAUUGCAGAGCAUCACGGGGGCAGAAGAGGAGCCAAGCAAAGAGAGCACGGAGCGACCAAACACAUCUCCGACCAGGACCAGCCCAAAGCUGGGCCGUUCCGAGGGCUUCAGCAGCCCCCAGGACAGCAGCAAACCCUCCACAGACUUUCAUAACCUGGCCAGGGAUCUGGAGAACAACCGGACCAGCCCUCCGAGCGACAAGGAGGCCGAGAUCUGCAGCGAGAGCUCGGGGAAGAGGAAGUUCUCGGAAAUAGAUGACAGGGAGAGCCGAGGGCCCAGCCUUUUACAGUCCAAGUCUAAAGAUGAGCUUGCCACAUCUGCACAAAACUACAGAGGGGCGUACGGCCUGGAGGAGAACCGCAAGUCCUACUCCCCGCCUGGUUCCACUGAACUCGGUCAGGGCAAGCGCAGCGCCUUCACUGAGGUCAAGAAAUCUCCACAGAACCUCAAACACCACAGCGGCAACAAAAACCUCCAGAGCUCCAACUCUGAAAACAAAGAUGGUAGUCGUCCUAGCAGCAAUCCAUCAGAGAAGCACCUCAACAUCAGGCAGGUGCUGUCCGAGACCCAGCCGCCCCAAACCUCACACAUGGGCAGCGCUUUUACCUCUGUUACCCAGCAAGGAGGAAGUGGUGGCGAGAGGAAGAGCGCCUUCAGCCAACCGUCUCGCUUCUCCCAGAUCUCGCCGCUGGUUAUGCCGACUAAACUGCUGGACUGCCACCCAGCGGUGGGCGACACCAUCUCCUCCAGCAGACUCUACCAGGCAGACCACCUUGCCGCCAAGUUACGGAGCGCAGAACUGGGCGCCAACUGCCCCGUGCCAAGCAUGGCCAAGCAGAACCCCUUUGUCUACGCCACCACCUUCUGGCCCAAGAACUCCGGGGCUAUUCAGCUCCAGAUGCCCUCGGCUCUCACCCUCCUGCCGCCUUCCUUCACCUCCCUCUGCCUGCCGGCGCAGAACUGGUGCGCCAAGUGCAAUGCGUCCUUCCGUAUGACCUCGGACUUGGUUUACCACAUGCGAUCCCACCACAAAAAGGAAUUCGCCAUGGAGCCUAUGGUCAAGCGUCGACGCGAGGAGAAACUCAAGUGCCCCAUUUGUAAUGAGUCCUUCCGGGAACGGCAUCACCUGUCACGUCACAUGACCUCCCAUAACUGACUUUUAAAGACUAGAAAGGGAGGGACUUUUUUCUAACAAGGAGGGACUGUGACCCUGCCUGGAUUUAAGCACUCCGACUGGAGAAAAUCCUGAUAAAAAAACAAAAACACCCCUUGCACUCGUUUUCACUUUGGACUAUGAUCUUCUAAUUCCUGUUCGGUCUGUUUACUUUUCCUCCCAUGUACAAAAUGUCAUGUUUUGGGUGUAUGCAAAUGCAUUUGACUUCGAAAAGUGAUCUAUUUAUGAAGCACUUGAACGUUUGGGAAUAAGGGAAGAUUUAAAUAUGUGUAAAUGUACAGUAAGUUGUAUUUUAUAUCAUAUAAUGCAAAUAUAGAAGAAGAGACGAAACACAAACGUAGUCACAUGUCAUGGUUUACAGAGCAGCACGUUUUUUCAUGUCUACGAAGAAUGUGGACACAAAUUGGGAUAUUAUGUCAGACUAUAUUUCAGAGUGCAUGUAAUAUUAAAUAAUAUUGAUUUAAGAUGCAGUCUAUACAUGAACAUGUAAAUAACUGGUUUUAUUUGAAAUACAAAGUGUAAUAUUUUGUGUCAGUGGGGAAUAGUUUCAGUGUUUCUUCCUUUUACGGGAAUUUACUACUUGAUAGUUUAUCUAAUCACGUUGAAUGCAUUGACAAUAAAAUAGCUUUAUUUUCAACUAUGA